UUUUAGAAUCAGUUUAGUCAAAAUUUUUAAACCUGUUUUGUUGUAUUUUUUGUUUUUGUUUUUUUUCAAAACCACUGAAGAAGAGGUUGUACUUUUUUGGCACUAGAGAAGAACCAUGGGAAAUUGCAUGGAGACUUGCAAUCAGAGAAACCAAGCAAAGGAAAUGCAUGAUCAUGAUCAACGGAAGCAAGAAGAUCACGAUCAUAAUCAGAGAGAUGAAACGGAGAUCAAUGGUGGGCCAUUUGUGAAGGAAAGCAGUUUGGGAGAGAAAGGCAAGUUAAGGGUAAAGAUUGUGGUGACAAAAGAAGAGCUAGAGUGGUUGAUGGUUCAACUCAAUAACAAAGGAGGGAAAAGCUUAGAAGAUGUUUUGGGAGAGAUUGAGAGAGGAAGAGCCAAAGUUGAGGUCAGUUGGAAGCCUUCUUUAGAGAGUAUCAUGGAGUGCCCUGAAGUAGUUGAGAUGGAUAGAUGAGUAUUAUGUGAACUUCAAACUUUGUUUUUGUUUUUGUUUUUUUUUGUUUUUUUUCUAGGU